AUGCUUUUAGGCUCUAUUUUAACCGGGCAUCAACCUACUGAAAAUCAGAAUGAAGAAUCCAAACAAGACCAGUAUAUUGGAUUACAAACCAAAUCAAUGAUGUCAGAAGAAGAGGGCCUACUACAAGCCCAGUCCGCAAUCCCUUCUCCAAAGCCAGAAGAGAAGUUUAAAAAGAUGGAGAAAAAUCAAGAAAUAAUUGCUUUGCUUGAUGCAAUUGAAGCUUCUGAUGAAAACCUCGCCAUAGAAAUAGCAUUUAAUCAAAAUUUCAUUGAAAAAAAUACAGAAUUUGUAGAGUCCGGCAAAGCGGUUGUUAAAUCACUCAGCUGUGGCAUGGAAAACCUAGCUCUUGAGCUAUGUAAAAUAGGCUAUUCAGUUCCAGAUGCAGAAAUUAUUAAUGCUGUCCAAGCAGGUAAAGAUAAUCUGGCUCUUGAAAUUAUUCGUAAAAAUUUGCAUAAAAAUGAAUAUCGUGAGCUCGUUUUGUGGUAUUUAGCGUAUAAAGAUUCACUUUUUGCUUUAGAUGAAUUCUUAAUCCAAAAUCAAGAUUUAAGAAUAUAUGCAAUAGGUGGGAUAAAAAUUCCAGAAGAAAGGAAAAAAAUACAUACAGACCUUUCAUUAAUAUCAAUUUCUCUUGGGCAGUCAAUUUCUGCAGGCUUAGAUUAUGUUGCUUGCUAUUUGCUUAUGCUUUCUCCAUCAUCGCUUACUAUAAGCUCCUUUAAUGAAGCUAUUGAGAAAUGCUGUAUGGGAGUCUUAAAAAGGCUAUGGACUGGCGAUGUUUAUCAGUCUAAUAUAUCACUUAUAAAAACAAGGAAAAAGAAAUCAGAAAUUUGGAACUCAUUAAAGAAUCAAGCGCUUACAAUCGAAGAAAGGAAAAUUUUAUCAAAAGGGCUAAGGCUUUCAAAAAUCAUUGAUUCUUUGGCAUCGAAAAAUAAACUUCAUGAGAUGAAAGAGCUAGUUAGUUGGCCUGGUGCGGCUAAUGACGAUGGAGUUAUUCAAAAAUUGAUUAAUUUAAGGCAGGAAGAAAUUGCAAAAGAAGCUGCUAAGAAAUGUACAAUUGCGAGCGCAAAAGAUUUUGUUGUUGCGUGGGAUGCAGAGUAUUAUGAUGUAUGUGUGCUUUGCUUAAAAUCAGAAGGUGCGAUAAAGCAGCUUGAAAUAGUUGAAAUACAAGAAAAACUUGUGUCAUUGCUAAAAAAUGGAGAAACUUGUCUGAACGCAAUCAAAAUGUUAAGCAGAAUUCCUCCUAUAUCUUGAAAAUAUAGCUUAACCAAAGAUCUCUGCUUAAACAUCCAAAACAUAGCUAAGAGAAACGACGAAAUCAUUUUCUGCCCAGCGCCUUUGCUUUUCUGUGCCCUUGCAGCUGAGUUUUUAUCAGUUCUAGGGAGGUCCUCUCUGCAGUAUGAAAACCGAUGCUUCUCCGCAGCAGAAAAUAUAAAGGAUUUAGGAGUGUGCAUAGAAGAAUCACUUAAGGACGAAAAUGAAUUAAGAUAUUUUCUAUUGCAAACUGACACUUUGGACAGGACAGCACUAAAUAUCAUCACUGUAAAUGGGUUUACUAAUAUGCUAGAAAGCGAUGAAAUAGGGACCAUUAUUACUAAACUCUGGAUUGGGCCUAAUAAAAAUUAUGGUUUAAUAGGCGCUUCAGGGCUUUAUGCAUCACUUAACUCUCCUUCAGGCUCAGACGACGCAAUGGGAUUUUCCAGAAACAUGGACAAAACUAAGCCAUAUUUAUUCCAUUAUGUACAAUGGAUCGACUCAUGCAGCUUACGAUUUAACUCCCAAGCCUUAUCUACCGUAUGCCUUGUGAUCCUUUAUCAAAUUUUGAUUUACAGCGCAAUUCAAGCAGACGCGUUUUCAGACGUCGCAAGUGAUCCUACAAGUAAGGUCUUUUUAAGGAUAGCCCAAUUUUGAAUAGGCGGGAUUCUUCUUGAGCAUGUUCUGCAUUUUCUCUUUUCAUUUAAAACUGGAAGAGUAUACGAAAUGGGCUUUAAAGUGUGGCUUGAUAUUUUUAUAUUUAUAGACAUGAUUCUGAUAAUGAUAGGCUUUCAAAACUAUUAUACUGGGGAUGGGAAUAAAUUGGACUAUAUUGACCCUGCAUUGUGCAAUGCAUGCUUGCAUUCGAUAAUGAUGAUACUUAUUUGGAUACGGUUUAUGUCAAUUUUAAUUACUACCAAGACUUUUGGGCCGUUUUUGAAAAUGCUGAUGCUUAUGAUUGGGAGAAUUAUUAAUUUUUUUGUUGUCUAUUUUUGCUUGAUAGUCUGCUCAGCAGCCAUUUUUACUGCAAUAUUUAGUGAAUCCAACCCGAAUUUUUUGAGUUUUUCUACAUCAAUUAGAACAUUAUGUGCAGCGGCGCUUGGAACUUAUGAUUUUUUUGCAUUUACCAAGCAUAUUGCGUUAGGUGGGGUUUUACUAUCAAUUUAUCUUUUCUUGUCACUGGUUUUGCUGCUAAAUUUACUAAUCGCAAUAUUAUUCAACGUUUUCUCAACGCUCAUUGUCCAAGCAGAAAACAAGCAUAGGCUGACGCUAUCUUCAUAUUAUGAGAAAUAUAUUUGGGAUGAAAAAUAUGGAGUGCUUAUAUUGCUGCCUUCACCAUUAAACUACUUAACACUAUUAGUUUCUCCAUUAGUUUUGUUUACAAGAAAACCAGCUAAAUAUAACAAUAUUCUAUGCAGAAUUUUAUUUAUUUCCUUUGCCCUUAUUAUGUUCAGCAUUUUUCUAUCUGUCUCUAUCUUAAUGAUCCCAGUUGUUUUUGUAAAAGGAUUUGUAAUUUAUGGCAAAACAGGCAGAAUGCUCAAGGAAAAGCGUCAAGUCAAAAUUUUCAGUUCUCAAAGCGGAGAUCUAGACGUUCAAGAAGUAGAAAGAUCAAAAAUAACAAAAUUCAGCAAAUCAAAAACUUUUGCGUGGACUUUUAUAGGCCUCCCAUGGCUGAUUUGGUCAGUUAUAAAAGACUGUUUUUAUUUUUGGGCACUUAUGUAUGCAGAUCCUGAGUCAAUAGUUGAAGAAAACGAAAAAGCGAAAAUUGAAAUGAUUAUAAAUCAUAGCGCUCUUAAAAGUAUCCAAAAAACAUUGAAAAGAAUUUCAUCACAAGACGUCACCGUAACUUUAUUCAUUGAAAAAUGGCUGCCUAUAGACCGAGAAAUCCAAGUUUCUACAUCUUUAAGAGAAGAUGUCCGCAAACAAUUGGCAUUUGAAUAUUUCAUGCAGUAUGCGAAUUCUCCAAGUGACCAAACAAUUAAUAUCCAAAGGAUGAAAAGGUUGCUGCCUAAAAAGCGAAAUCAUUUGUAUUCAGAAGAGUAUUUAAUAAGGGCACGUCAUAUUAAUAUUCCAGCAUUAUUAAAAGGGCAUAAAAAAUAUCGGAGACAAAUAGGGUCAAUUUUUGCAAUUAAUUCGCAUGCAGACAAAAAAUAUAUUUUUAUAAAAUAAAUUAUGAUAAUCUCUUUAAGUAACUACCAAAAAUGUCAGAUCAAUUUAUCACAGGAUACCCAAGAAGAAAAAGAGCAAAGCUUAGACCCUGAAGACAUAGAAAACCUUCAAAGCUUAAUAGAAGACUUAGAAGUAAAAUUCAGCAAAACUCUCACAGACUGUUCAUCCUUAAGAACUGCUAUGGAAGAACAAAGCAAAAUCAUGAGAAGACCAGAGCGGAAAAAGACCACAUUAAUUGUUAAAGAUAUUUUAUAA